GUAUAGUUCCUUUUGCAAUUGGUUCAGAAACUGUUGGGUCGAUUACCUACCCAGCUGCUAGGUGUGGUGUUACUGCAUUGCGGCCCACUUUUGGAGCUGUUGGUCGUACUGGAGUUAUGAGCAUAUCUGAAAGCUUGGACAAACUAGGACCAUUUUGUAGAAGUGCAGCAGAUUGCGCUGUUGUUCUCGAUGCCAUCCUGGGAAAGGACCCAGAUGAUCUUUCAUCCAGAGACAUCGCGUUAGUUGAUCCAUUUUCAGUUGACAUCACAAAACUCACUGUCGGUUAUCUUGAGGACGCUGACAAGGAAGUUGUUAAUGUACUUCAAUCAAAGGGAGCGAAGAUGGUUCCUUUUGAUCUGAAAUAUACUGUUGACAUUGCUCAAGGUAUUGUCAACUUCACUAUGGAUGUUGACAUGCUAGCCCACUUUGAUGAGUGGCAACGCUCUAACAAGGAUAAUGAAUUUGAAGCUGAAAACCAAUGGCCUCUUGAACUUCGACGUGCCCGUGUAAUAACUGCUGUAGACUAUAUUCAGGCACAGAGAGCUAGAAGCAAAUUGAUUCAGGAAGUCAGAGAAAGCUUCAAAGUUGACGCGUUUAUUGGAGAUGCAACUGAUUGGGAGAAAGUUUGUGUGGGCAAUCUAGUGGGUAUGCCAGUAGUGGUGGUUCCAAUAGGAUUUAAGAAGAUACCGAAUGCUCCAACAGAUGAUACUCGCAGGAGGACAACAAUCACUACAGGCAUUUAUGCUCCUCCCGACCAUGAUCAUGUUGCUUUAGCACUGGCAAUGGCUUAUCAGUCAGUCACCAAUCAUCAUAAGCAGCGUCCUCCAAUUGAUGAUAUUGGGCCAAACGAUUCGAUUCCAAACCCACCCACAUCCAUGAUACCCGCAAGACAACUACGUGGUCAUUAAUCUCCGUGGGGCUUCUGCCGUCACUUUGCGUCGUUUAACGUAUUAUUGAAGAUGUAUACCACUGGUUGUAAUUGUUACAAAGUAUUGGAUUGUCUUUUCUUAGUUCCAGUGGGAGAAAAUACUUUUCUUCUACUUGUUUCGCUAGAUGAGAUAUUCGGGGGCGGGGGCCUUCUUUCUGGUAUAUUGGUUCCAUUCUGUUUAACCUUUCAAUAGUUGAUGGUUUGGACUUUGAUAUCUC